GAUGGAGCCGAGAAAUAAAACCACUCAGCUGAAGGGGCACUAAACAGAAAUACAGAGAAAUAACGAAACUAAAGAAAACACGCUCGGGAUAUAAACAGAGACGGCGUGGGGUUAAAAACGCACGCGGAAUUUGAGAGGAGCCUCAGCAAGCUGUGAUUUUUCACAUUAGCCGUACGUGGAGGACAGAGGAGUGGAGAGCGUGCCCCGGCUUUAGUUCCCCCCCCCUGCUCCCUCUCUGCACCCUCCUGCCUCCUCUGGAUGAAGCCAUGCCCAUCGUGUCUGCAAACACAGGGCUGCAUGAGACCCUGGCCCUGCUCACCUCUCAGCUCCACCCUGACGCCAACCACAAAGAGGACCUGGUCUUCCUCAGAAAUGUCUUCAGUGAGAAGAGUCUCAGUUACCUCAUGAAGAUUCAUGACAAACUGAAGCAGUAUGAGAAACAGAGCCCGACUCCAGUUCUCCACAGCGCCACCUGUCUGGCCGAGGAUCUGGCAGAAGAGCUUCAGAACGGUCCUCUCGAGGGCGAUGAGAAAGAGUUGCUCCUCCUGCUGAGCACUCCUCACCUCAAGGCGGUGCUGUCAGCCCACGACACUGUGGCCCAAAAGAACUUCGACCCGGUGCUGCCGCCACUGCCGGAGGACGUGGACGACGACCUGGAGGAAGAGUCGGUCAAGAUCGUGCGUCUGGUGAAGAACAAAGAGCCGCUGGGAGCGACCAUCCGCAGAGACGAGGUGACAGGAGCUGUGAUCGUGGCCAGAAUCAUGAGGGGGGGGGCAGCCGACCGCAGUGGGCUGGUGCACAUAGGGGAUGAGCUGCGAGAGGUCAAUGGGAACCUGAUAACCAACAAAAAGCCAGAGGAAAUUAGUCAGAUUCUGUCCCAGUCACAAGGCUCCAUCACACUGAAAAUCAUCCCAGCUGUUGCAGAAGAAGACAAGCUGAAGGAAAGCAGGGUCUACCUUCGGGCUUUGUUUGACUACACGCCCUAUGAGGACAAGGCCACGCCGUGCCAGGAGGCGGGACUUCCUUUCAAGAGGGGGGACGUCCUCCAGGUUGUGAGCCAGGAGGACGCCACCUGGUGGCAGGCCAAGAGGAUGGGCGACUGUAACCUGCGCGCUGCUCUCAUCCCCUCCAAACAGUUUCAGGAGAGGCGCCUGCGGUACAGGAUGAAAAUAGGCUCUUUUCCAGCCCCAAUGUCCCCCAAAGCUCCUGCAUAUGAUCAGACUGAGCGAGAAGACUGUGACAGUGAGGGCACUCUGAAUGGAAAGGACGUAGCUAGCCUGCGCAGAAGUUUCCGCCUCAGGAAAGAUCGCCAAGCUUCACCAGGAGAACCUCAAACUCCAGACACCAAUCACAAAGAGUUCCUGAUCUAUGAAGAAGUAUCACAGUAUCUGCCUCGCCCCGGGGAGAGGCCUCGCCUCAUUGUGCUGAUCGGUUCCUUGGGAGCUCGGAUAACGGAACUCAAACAGAAAGUGAUCGCUGGAAAUCCUCGACGAUUUGGUUUGGCUGUGCCUCACACCACUCGAGCCAGGAAGUCUCAGGAGAAAGAAGGAGUGGAGUACCACUUCAUCUCCAAAGCAGCGUUCGAGGCCGACAUUCAGAGUGGCAAAUUCAUUGAAUACGGGGACUAUAAAGAUAAUCUGUACGGCACCAGUUUGGAGUCCAUUAACAGAAAUCUGGAUCAAAACAAGGUCUGUCUGGUGGAUGUGCAACCAGAGGCACUGAAGACUCUUCGUACUGCUGAGUUCAAACCCUAUGUCAUCUAUGUAACGCCUCGCAUCUAUCACAGCAUCAGGAAAACACUUGGCUCCUGUUCCUCACUCAGCUCAGGGAUCACGGAGUGCGACCUACAGGACAUGAAACACUCAGCGGAGCGGAUGGACGAGAACUACGGGGCUUGGGUGGACUACGUCCUGGUGAAGGAGGACCCGGUCGGUGCCUUAGCGGAGCUGCAGGUGGUCCUGGAGAGGGUCCAGGUGGAGCGGCAGUGGGUGCCUGUGUCCUGGGUGAGGGGCUAGCCUUCUCAAGCUGACUGUUUCCAGUCGAAUCAGCUCAGCAUUUGGUGGACAGUUUAUACCGCCGGAAGCCUCCUGAGGUCCUCAGAUCUGGGUUGCGGUCCAAUAGUCCAUUUAGUUUAGGAACCUUCCUAACCGAGUGAAAUGACCCGGAAGUCCCUCAGUGGCAGCCAUGAUAAGAGCUGUUCAAUUCUCUAGAUGAAAGGAAAGGAGGUUUCAAACUUCCUUUAGCUUAGGAACCACUGGACCUGCCCCACAAUGCCUUGCGGCCGCAGCAUUUGCCGUCACUCAACAGU